ACAAAUAAAGGGGUCGGGUUGUAAGGAACUGCACAUUCGAUUUUGAGCAAAAUAUGACAUGUUUGUGCACAAUAAAUUAAUUGAGAAGAAUCUGAGAUUACCCUUUAGUUUAAAAUAAGGAGUAUAACAUACUACUUUUGCGUAAUGCCAGACGGACUUGUUACAAGCAGACAGCUCCAGAAUGAGGCGACGGGCAUUGACCUGCAGGUGCCACUGUACCAGGAAGUCCGGGGCACCAUGAUGACGGGUCAUGUGGAGUACCAGAUCGUGGUGGUGACCCGGCUUGCUGCCUUCAAGUCUGCCAAGCACAAACCGGGAGACGUGGUGCAGCUUGUGGUGUCCAAAAAGUACAGUGAAAUCGAUGAGUUCUACUACAGGCUGAGCACCCAGUACCCCAAGAUCGCCCUGCCCUCCAUGCCACGAAAAGCCCUGUUCGUGAGCGAGUCGGACAUCCGGGAGCGUAGGGCGGCCUUCGACGAGCUCGUCAAAUUCAUUGCCAAGAACCCCACCCUGGCCACCUGCCCCGAGCUGCUGGAAUUCCUGGGUGCAAAGACGACAGAUGUGGCCGACUUUAAAACCAGGAAUGAUCCAGACUGGGAGGAGGAGGAAGAGGAAGAAGCCUUUGACUUCUUUAAAAAAGGCUUUAAAGAGGCUCCAGCUGCCAAAGCCACCCCUCCACCCAAACCAGUGAAACCAGCAAAACCAGUGGAGCCUCCAAAGCCCAGUGAGGAGGAAGAGGAAGAAGAGGAGGAGAACCUAGACCCACUGGGAAUUAUGAAGUCAAAGAAGCCCAAACCGAGGAAGCGUGUGGAACCGCAGGCAUCGGCUCCCCCUCCCAAACCGGUGCAGAAACCCUCGUUCUCCCUAUUCGACGAGGAGGUGGACCCAGACGAGGCCCUGUUCCAGCCAGCAGCAGGUUCGAGCGCAGCUGGGAAGCCUGCAUCUGCCAAGGACAGUGACAUAAAACUGUUCGAAGACCCUGAUCUGGGAGGAGCAGUGACGCUGGGGGACUCCCUGCUGCUCCCGACAGCAUACACGGAGACCGGGCCGCUGGCCGACACAGGACUCGACAUCGACACAGACGAGCUCUUCAGGGUAGAGGAAGACUUAGACAAGCUGCUCACAGUCAGCAAAGGUGCAAAACAGAAGCCUGCCCUCGCCCCCAAACCGAAACCAGCCCUGCCCAAGAAGCCCUCAGCUCCAUCCGCGACCAGCGCUGCAGCUGGCCCAGCAGGCCCGUCUCUCCAGAGCAAGACGGAGACCAUGGGCCAGAUGGAUAUCCUCAAGUACAUCCAGCAGAACGAAGCGGCCGCCAGCGAUGACCUGGACCUGUUCUGAGUGCGAGGGGACAGGAAGACCGCGGCGGGUGGUAAGGGUGACACAGUCACACAGCCUCCUGCAGCGUGGCGCAGUGCAGUAUCGCAGUGGGGAACGGUGGGAGAGGCGGCUGUUCUCAGCUCCUGUGAGAACUGCGCCUCCAGAUGUUUUCGGAUUGUUUUUAAAGGA